AUGGCCAUCCUUUCUGCUCAAUCACUCCUCCGCACCCUCUCCCUCUUCCACCUAACCCUCUCCUAUUACCUCUUCACCUCACCCUCGACCAUCGCCUCGCAAAACCUCGUCUAUGUCCUCGGCGCCGCAAUGGACAUCCCCGACCCUCCUAUAUCCCUUUCCACGCCCUCCCCCGCUUCCACCCUCGCCGCCUUGUUCCUCGCUCUAUUCGCUAUAUCGGACUUGACGAGCUCAGGAUUACCGGAAGAGGUGGGUAGCCAUUACUGGAGCAGCCAGGCGCCGAUCAGGUUGACGUUCUUCUUUGCGGUUACCGGGUACAGUUACGCGGGCAAGCCGGGGGGCUUGUGGGGUGGGAAGGGAAGGAGGGAAGGGGAGGUGCUGUGUAAUAGUGUGGUGUUUACUUGGGGGUUUUUGGAGAUGCUUUGGUGGUUUUGGAUUUAUGUGACUUUGAGAGAUGAGAAGAGGGAGCUGAUGGUGAAGGUUCAGGAGAGGAGAAAGGCGGAAGAGGAUCGGCUGUGA